AUUUCUUUCCUUAUCCUGUCACAACUUUCACACUUAUUUUUUUUACUUUUUCUUCAUUCUUUAUACCAUGAAAAAUACAUCCACUUCAUCUAAUCUUGGGAAAAGAAAAGGUCGACCACCCAAGUCAAAAAAUCAUAACUCUGGUACUGUAGAUGAUAUCAACUUUUUGGAUGAUGAAAGUGAUUUAUCAUUUGACGAAUAUAUGGAUACUAGUGAUGGUGAAGCAAGUAACAAGAAACGUGGGCGUAAUACAAACAAACCAAAACAAAAUGAACAACCUUAUACAUUCAAAGAAGAAGAAAGUGAUAUUGACGAAACUGGUGAAACUAAAGUAGAUGCUGAUGGACAUUUAUUGGAUGGACGACAAUAUCGUGUACCAACUUUUGAAUUACCUGAACGUGGAAGGACAUUAUUUAUGUUUGCAAAGGACCCAGCAGCACUUCUUGGUUUUCGUGAUAGCUUUGUAUUUAUGAAGAAGAAUCCCAAAUUAGUUAAAGUGUAUUUACGUGAUAGUGAAAAAAGUCAUCUAGUGGAUACAAAUCGAUUACGGUCAACUUUUAGAACUCGUGAAGUCUCUGUGGUAGAAGCAAGAUCAGUCUACAAAGUAUUUGGACACAGAGUGGUGAAAAAAGGUCGACGAGGACGAGAUGAUUACUAUUAUACUGGUGAAUACGAUGAAAAUGAGGAGGUGGAUUCAGAAGAAGACAAUAAAGCACAACAUCAUAUGACAGAUGACAAAUUGUUAUCAGGAACAAAUACAUCACUAAACUCAGCAUGGGCUCAUCCUAUACAACAACAUCAACAAUCAGGUUACAAUUCAAACAUGCUUCCUUCACAUUUUAUUGGUACGGCAGGUUCAUCACCAAUGACUGGAGGAAAUAUGAUGGGAUCAGUGGUUUUAGGUAAUAGUAUUACUGGACAUCCUAUACCUAGUCCAUUUGGAUCAUUAUCAGCAACAGCACUUGCACAGCAACAAAUGGUCGCAACAGCAUCCUCUUCUGGUGGUAUUAUUGAUCCCUUGACAAAUACACCAAUAAAUAUCAAGCAAAUGAACGUACCUGUGUCUCUCAAAUCAACUUUACAGCCUCUCAAUGCUAAUAACUGGUUACAUCAUGCAGCUGUCUCUGUACGUGAUUUCAGCGCUCAACUUCAUUCUUACCGACAAAACAAUACCACGUUUUAUGAUAUUCACACCAAUGUUUACCAAAUCCCCCAUGCAAAACAAGCUAUUCCUUCUCCAAAACCUUACAAACGGCCUUCAUCUUUAGCAUAGUCAUCAUCUACACAUAUACAUUCACUUUUCUUUUUAAUACCUCCUUUGUCCUUUUAUUUAUCUAUAUACUUUGGAAUAAUAAUAAAAGCAAUAUCUAUUUGAUCA